GAAUUAAGAAAUUUAGUAAUUUGUGGAAAUAAAUUUUGAUUUGAAUAUUUGCAUCAACUGAAUUAUUUGUUUUAUGCGGAUCACCCGUGAUGACAGAUUUCCUGGGAACUCGUUUUUCAUUUUAUGGGCUGGACUUUUUUUUUCUUUUCGGCCUGAACAUCUAUUGUGUUUAAGAUAAUUAUGGCUGCUGUAGAAAAACCUGCUUUUGAUAAAAAACUAUUAGAAAAUAUUCAAAAUGAUUUAAAGUCUCUGUCUAUUGAAGCAAGAAAAAAGUAUCCACAUCUGAAAGAGGCUGCAGAAUCUGGUGUUAGCAGGGUGCAGGAUGCAGCAACAAAGCAUGAAGAUAUACGUUUGGCUUUUCUUUCCGAAAGCCCUGAAAUUUUGGAACCAUUUUUCAUUGGCUGUGAUACAAAAAAUACCAAAAUUGUGCAAAUGUGCUUGACUGCUAUUCAGAGAUUGAUUACACAGGAAGCAGUUUCUGCAAUAGCAGCAAACAACAUAAUCUCCUGCUUAUGGUCUUUAAUGGAAAGUGGUACUGAAGAGUUGAAAUUACUUCAAACUGUAACUCUCUUGAUCUCAGCAAACAAUAUUGUUGUGGGUGAUACUCUAUCAAAGGCAAUAGUUUUGUGCUUUCGUUUGCAUUUUACUAAAAACAGCACUACCAAUAACACUGCAUCUGCAACUGUCCGGCAGCUGGUUUCAGCCGUGUUUGAGAGAAUUGUUGCAGAAGAUUAUUCUCCUGACAGAGAUCAAAAAAGUUUAGAAAAUGUGAAUUUAGAAGAAUUGAAGGCUGGAAGUCGGGUGCCUCCUAAGUCAUUGCCUGCACAUGCUGCAGAUGGCUUCAUGUUAUUUCAGGACUUGGUUCAACUGGUGAAUGCAGAUCAGCCAUUCUGGCUGAUUGGAUUGACAGAGAUGACAAGGACUUUUGGUUUAGAGCUCCUGGAGUCCAUUCUUUCGUCCUUUCCUGAGGUGUUUUUAAAGCAUCUUGAAUUCAAUUUUCUACUAAAAGAAAGAGUGUGUCCUCUAAUUAUUAAGCUGUUUUCACCAAACAUAAAAUAUCGUCAAGGUGUGCAGGCUUCUGGUGGACCCCCCAAUACUUCAGACAAACCUUAUUUUCCUAUUUCUAUGCGUCUGCUCCGUAUUGUGUCGAUAUUGAUUCAAAGGUAUUACAAAAUGCUGGUGACAGAAUGUGAAAUCUUUCUGUCCUUGAUUGUAAAAUUCCUAGAUAUUGACAAACCACCCUGGCAGAGGUCACUAGCCCUGGAAGUCUUGCAUAAGAUGUGUAUCCAACCGGAAUUGUUAAAAUCAUUUUGCCAGUCUUAUGAUAUGAAGCCUCACAGUACGAAAAUUUUCAAAGAUAUUGUGAACGCCCUUGGAUCCUAUGUACAAUCAAUGUUUAUUGCCUCCGGCGUGAACCCUGCUCUACCAGGCAGUGGCUCUGGUGGUGUUCCAGCCUCUGUCCAAGGACAGCCUCCUGCAUUGCUUGCAGGUAUGCCUGUGGGACCUGGCAUUACUCCACAGGCUGGAUUCCUUUAUAGAGGUGUGUGGUUUCCCAUCAACCAGAUGCCAUCCGGAACUUGCAAGCCAGUUUUUUUAGAAUUUCUUGAUCGUCUUGAAGCUCCUGGCGUUCCUGAUGGCUAUGGAAUAUCUGUAGCAUACUCAUGCCUAUUGGAUGUGAUAAAUAGCAUUGAAACAAUAAUACAUCCCCAAAAAAAUAAAGUGUGUCCCAAUGACGAUUCGGCUGCCGAGCCAGAUACACAUGCAACGGAGCCUGUACGAGAAGCGAGCUUGCCUGACACAUCACAUGAAAUCAACGAAGCUGACUGCCCCCAUGACCUGGCUGAACAAAUAGUAAAUUCAACAUGGUGUGGACUCCUUGCAGCAUUCACUUUACUGAUUGAUGCAAGCACGGACGAAACAGCAACAGAAAACAUUUUGAAGGCUAUGCAGAUAUAUGGCAGCAUCUGUGGAACUCUAGGUUUGACAAUUCCCAGGGAUGCUUUCAUCACAGCCAUGUGCAAGGCGUCUCUUCCUCCCCACUACACCCUUACUGUCCUGAAUGCUAAUCCAAUGAGAACAGAUGGAAAAGAUCGUAAGCGAGAGUCCGAAGAUUUUGUCCAUGGCAUCCCUAAUUCAUCGGGUGCUUCUCAACUGCCACUUGGACUCUACUUGGGGAGUUGUGAUGGUCAUGAAAUCCGGCAGCAAGUGGUUGCUGUGGGCACUCCUCUUCCCACUGCAUCGUUGCCUCUGGGAGCUCAGCAAGGCCCUGUUAUGUUGACAGCUAAAAAUUUACAAUGUAUGAGGGCAGUAUUGAGUCUUGCACAUUGUCAUGGAGCUGUUUUGGGCACUGCAUGGCAUCUGGUACUCACAACAGUGCAGCAUUUGGUGUGGAUCCUGGGCUUGAAACCAUCCACAGGAGGAAGUUUAAAAGCAAGCCAUUCAGCAGAUUCGUCAAACGCUGUCAUCACAACGGCUGUAAUGGCGGAUUUGCCUGUUUUAUCAGCCAUGCUUUCCAGGCUUUUUGAAAGCUCACAGUAUUUAGAUGAAGUUGCUUUGCAUCAUUUAAUUGAUGCUCUUUGCAAAUUGUCUUCAGAGUCCAUGGAACUGGCAUAUACAAAUAGGGAACCUUCUUUAUUUGCUGUUGCGAAGCUGCUUGAAACUGGUUUGGUUAAUUUGUUCAGAGUUGAAGUUUUGUGGAGGCCUGUCACUAAUCAUUUGCUAGAAGUUUGCCAGCAUCCUCACAUUAGAAUGCGUGAGUGGGGAGCUGAAGCAGUUACAUUUUUAGUCAAAGCUGCUUUAUAUCACAAGUAUACUCCUUCUUUGAAAGAAAAUAAGAAGUUGCAAGUGAUGCUGCUGAGCCCUCUGCAAGAGCUCUCCUCCAUUUCUCAUCCAGACAUAAGGCAGAAACAGCUGGACUGUGCCCUCCAAGUCCUUCAUAGCAGCGGUGAGAUAAUAUCAAGUGGCUGGCCCCAAAUGCUGGAUGUUAUUGGAGCUGUAAACGAAGAUCACGGUGAGUCUUUGAUCAGAUCAGCAUUCCAGUGCCUUCAGCUUGUUGUUGCUGACUACACUCCUAUCAUGCCCUGCACCUGUCUGCAGUUAUGUGUAGAUGCUGCUGCUAAAUUUGGUUCUCAAACUCAAGAGCUGAAUGUAUCCCUUGCAGCUGUUGGACUUCUUUGGAACAUUGCAGACCACUUGUUCCAAAACCAAGAAAAAAUCUCCCUUGAUUUAUCCUCUGCUUCAGAAGAAGAAAUGGGUGUUCUGAAUUGUGUACAAGUUCUGAGCUACGAGUACACCGUUCUACCGUUCGACAGACUUUGGUUGAGCCUAUUUUGCCGGCUGGGUGACCUGUGUGUUGACUCUCGGCCUGCUGUGCGCAAGAGUGCUGGCCAGACACUCUUCUCUACACUGGGUGCUCAUGGUAGCCUUCUACAGCAGACAACAUGGCAGGUGGUCUUAUGGCAGGUACUUUUCCCGUUGCUUGAUAGAGUGAGAUCUUUGUCAGGAACCGCAUCCACAGACAAAAUAACUGACAUGGGAGGAAAUAUUCUGAUCCAUCACUCUCGAAAUACUGCACAAAAACAGUGGGCAGAAACUCAGGUACUAACUCUUUCGGGUGUUGCAAGAAUCUUUCACACAAAGAGAGAUGUUCUGCAAAAGCUGGAGGAUUUUCCUAGAGCAUGGGCUCUUCUUCUGGAAUUCAUAGAGAGCUCAGCCCUGAGCAAAAAUAGUGAGGUAUCUUUUUCUGCUUUGAAAAGUUUUCAGGAAAUUCUAAAUAUUGGCCAUCAUCAAGACAGUAAAGUUGAAAAUACUUCUCCUGAAGUGGAAGAUGACGAUAUAUUUAUCGAAAACCAAACCGCUUUAUGGAGUGCAGCUUGGAAAGUUUGGUACAAUAUUGGUGUGGAAAGCACCAAACCCCCUCCUGAAAGACUUGUGGAUUCAGCUCUCUCCAAAAGUGAUUAUUCCAUGCUUUAUGUUCCAGACCAGCAGUUUUUGACAGCACUCAUUCAAAUAUUUCCAUCAUUAUUUCAACACAUAAAAUCAAGAUUUGUUGCCACUGACUUUCAAAAGUUAGCAGCAGUUCUACAGAAUGCUGCAGCUGUUCCCGUGCAUGGAGAGGCUUCCCCAUUCAUCCUACCAUCUCUAACCGAAGUUCUCUUGACCCACUUGCAGGAAUCCCUCUUACAGGCUAUGCACCUACUUCUGAAGGAAGCUCUCUAUGAAAAUGCAAAUCUGGUGUCCCUCCUGCCUGCAAUUAUUAACCAGCUGCUGAUGUUUGCUUCCUAUGCCUGCAAUCCUCCACCGUACGGGCAGCUACGAGCUCGCACUUUUGUAAACAUGAAGCAUUCCUCUACAAAUUGGGUGGCAAUGAAUUAUGUUCCUUUUGGAGAGAAAGCUUUGGAAAUGGUCAUAAGCGCUUAUCAACAAAGUGCUCAACAACCAAAUGUUAUCAAAGCACAAGUACUGCAUUCCAUUGUUAAAUCUCUGAGACUACCCCUCAGCAUGAAAUAUGCCUGUCCAUCCCAGACAACCUGGAAGCUGGCCGUGAGUGCUCUGCUGAAAGUGCUCUAUGCUGGACUUCCUGUCGCUCGUCAAUGCCCUUCGCAAUUUCAAGGAAUGUGGAUUGAUCUUGCAUAUGCAUUAGAAGACUUCUUAUUUCCUGCGAGUUCACCUUCCCCUACUCAAAGCCUAGAAGAACAACAGUGUGAUGAAGCAAUGGACUGCAAAAUUGUUCAUUUAUUGCGUGAUGGAAUAUUGCCACAUGCAAAUCAAUUGCCGAGAGAUUUUGUCGUUCGAAUUGUGACUCUACUGAACAAAGGCUCUAUCCAUUCAGCGACCAACUGUAGUCCCAUAGAUAUUGAUUCUAGCAGAAAGCUGAGAGAGGAAUUUGCCAAAUCCUGCUUCGAAACUCUGCUACAGUUUUCAUUUUUGGAGAGUGGGAUAGAAAUAGAUGAUGAUGGUGUUGUCAAUUUGUUGGCAGUUACUUCACUCCUGCAUAGAUUUAAGGAGGUCAUUCAAAAAUAUGCAGAAGAUGAACGUCUCAGUGGGAAGUGCCCAUUGCCCAGGCAUCGGAUGUCUGAAAUUUCCUUUGUAUUAAAAGCUGUGGCAACAUUAGCCAAAUCUUUGAAAAAGGCUGAUCCUGAAAAAAUUGAGUGGACUGUCUGGGAGCAAUUGAUAGCACUGUACCCAAGUCUUGUCGACUGCACGACAUCGACUUCAUCGCAGGUGUGUUGCUCAUUACGAGAGGCCCUGCACGAGUAUGCUGAUCUCUUGGAGCCACCCAAAAAUCUGGUCAAUGGAAAUUCGUGAUAUUGGUGAACAAACUUCAUUUCGAGGGAUUAUGAAGCAAUGAUGACAUCGUCUUUUUCAGUGAACUGGCUGCCAUCAUGAGUUAACCGUUCAAU